AUGAAGUUCCUCGAAGCAUGCUUUGUGGCUUGUUUUAAGCUGCUUUUCUUCCUUGCUCUGUGGGCAGAUCAUGCCGCUGCUGUCUCUGUCCCUAGACAAAACCUCGCUCCGGGCCCAAUCUUCUCACCUCCUCCCAAUGUCGAUAGCCCGAAUAAUGUUAUUCAAUGCCAGUACCCAGCCAUGAGGGGAUGGCAGCACGAUGCUUCGGACAAGCGCAACUGGCUCAAAUGGACUGGCCCUGGUCCUGCUCCAGAGCCAGGAAAAUACGGCAUCACUACUGACUAUGAAAUGUACACGCCCACGGGUAUUAUUCGAAGAAGGCUUGCUGGGGAGAUGAUCUCGGUCAGUCCAUUUGACUUGAUGACUGUUCAGUACUUUUACCUAACCUCCCUAGAAAUUACCGUAACAAAUAGACUCGAGUACAACGGAACUGCGAUCCACAUGCACGGCCUCCGCAUGCUCAACACGAACUUGCACGAUGGUGUCCCAGGUGUUACGCAGUGCCCAAUUGCGCCGGGCGAUUCCUUCACGUACAGAUUUAAGGCGAUCCAGUACGGGUCAACUUGGUAUCACAGUCAUUAUUCUUUGCAGUAUACCGAUGGCCUGGUUGGGCCCCUGACAAUUCAUGGCCCAUCGAGCUCGGAUUACGAUGAAUCGAUUGACCCUCUGCUGAUGACUGACCAUAUCCAUCGAAGCGCCUUCGCGGAAUAUCAUAUAGCGCAGACUGGCCCUCCUCCACGUAUGAGCAGCAUUUUGUUGAACGGAAUAGGUAGUUAUGCUGGUCUCGGCGGCAAUGCUCCAACGAGAAAAUAUAGCACCCUGGUGCAAAAGGGCAAAAAAUAUCUCUUGCGAUUGAUUAACACUUCUACUGAUGCCACAUUCGUUUUCUCAAUUGAUAACCACAACUUCACUGUCAUUGGUGCAGAUUUUGUGCCAAUGAGGCCGUACGAUACCGAUCACAUCGUGGUUGGAAUUGGUCAAAGAUAUCACGUUAUUGUGAAUACGCUCUCCGAUGUUGACAACGGAGCGGCAUUCUGGAUCCGCACCGUCCCAACUACAGGGUGCUCUAGAUUCGAAACUGACAACCCUCCCGACGAAAGGACAGGAAUACUCUACUACGGAGAACGAAGCUCAACGUUACCAACCAGCACACGACACCAGUUCCCACUUGACUGUCGCGAUGAGCCAUUCGACAGAUUGAAGCCUUAUCACCCAUGGCAAGUUCCGGACCCAAUGUUGGAUGCAAGUAUAUUCGAUACAUCAAUGGAUGUACAACGUGGAACUUGGGUCAUGCCUGAAAGACCAAGCAAUGCGAGCAAAGUCAGUUUCUGGAAGGCUGGGCCUUCCUCGAUGUAUCUGAACUACUCACAGCCCAUGGUCAAGAGCUUGGACAGGACCAGUUGGGAUGACACUUGGGUUGUGUACCCGUCUGAGGAUCACACGCUCGACAGCUGGGUGUACCUUCUAGUUACUGGUUUUAAGGAGUCUGGCAAUGACGGCCAGGCUCGGGUUGCUCACCCGAUGCACUUUCACGGGCACGAUUUCGCCUUGUUACAGCAAUCGGAAGUCCCGUACCAGCCGAGCGCGAUAAAUCUAACGCUUGACAAUCCACCACGAAGAGAUGUUGUUCUGUUACCAUCGAACGGGUUCGUGGUCAUCGGGUUCAGAGCUGACAACCCAGGGUCUUGGGUGAUGCAUUGCCACAUCGCAUGGCAUGCGUCUCUCGGCCUAGCACUGCAGAUCCUUGAGCGCAAGGACGAUUUCAUCGCACAUUUGGAGAGCAGGCCUCGUGACGUUAGGGAAAUGGAGAGGGUCUGCACAAAUUGGGACACUUGGUUUAGCAACCCGGCGAAUCACUGGGAUCCUGACGGAUUUUUCCAGGACGAUUCGGGUAUCUAA